AAAAAUACUUAUAUUUUGGGACGGAGGGAGUAAUUUCUAUGUAAGUAUGUAUUACUCCGUGGAAGUUAUCUUUUACACAAAUGUGCACAUCAUUUUCAUGUUCCAAAUCUUCUUUUUAUAAUAUAAGUACUUAAGCUUUGAAAACUUUGACACAAUGUUAUAAUGUAUUCUCAAAACUAAAUAUGUUCUCUAAACAGGACAGAGCACAUGAUUUACAAACUUCACAAGUAGACGUACCUGUGUUUAUCCGUGUGUGCCUGUGCCAUAGAGUUGCAAACGGAUCAACCCAGCCAAUCUCCAACAUGUCCUCCUCCAUGAGAGUUGCUCUCCUAGCCAUGCUACCCAUCCUCCUCGUGGAUGCCCAAUCCAUGGCUGCGCCAAUUCAGUGCCUUCCAGGCCAGGCCGCGGCGCUGCUCCAGCUGAAGCGCUCCUUCGAUGCCACCGUCAGCGACUACUUCGCCGCCUUCCGGUCAUGGGUCGCCGGCACAGACUGCUGCCACUGGGACGGCGUCCGCUGUGGCGGCGACGAUGGCCGUGCGAUCACCUUCCUCGACUUGCGUGGCCAUCAACUGCAAGCUGACGUUCUUGACACCGCACUGUUCAGCCUGACCUCGCUGGAGUACCUUGACAUCUCCUCCAACGAUUUCAGUGCAUCCAAGCUCCCAGCCACCGGCUUCGAGCUGCUCGCCGAGCUCACCCACCUUGACAUCUCCGACGACAAUUUCGCCGGCCAGGUACCCGCCGGUAUCGGCCACCUCACGAAUCUGGUUUACCUUGAUCUUUCUACCAGCUUCCUUGAUGAAGAGCUAGAUGAAGAGAACAGUGUAUUGUACUACACCUCAUACUCACUUUCGCAGCUCUCAGAGCCAAGCUUGGACACCUUGCUGGCAAACCUCACCAACCUGCAGGACCUUCGUCUGGGCAUGGUGGACAUGUCCAGCAAUGGAGCACGGUGGUGCGACGCCAUUGCCCGGUUUUCCCCAAAGCUUCAGAUCAUUAGCAUGCCUUAUUGCUCACUUUCUGGUCCGAUUUGUCGGUCCUUCUCUGCCUUGAAAUCACUUGUUGUGAUAGAGCUGCACUACAAUUAUUUGUCCGGUCCGAUUCCCGAAUUCUUGGCCCAUCUGUCCAACCUUAGUGGUCUUCAGCUUUCAAACAACAACUUUGAAGGAUGGUUCCCUCCAAUCGUCUUCCAGCACAAGAAAUUAAGAGGCAUUGAUCUCAGUAAGAAUUUUGGGAUCUCUGGAAAUCUGCCUAAUUUUUCUGCAGAUAGUAACUUACAGAGUAUAUCUGUGAGCAACACCAACUUCUCCGGCACAAUUCCAAGUUCUAUCAUCAAUCUCAAAUCUCUGAAGGAGUUGGCACUUGGAGCUAGUGGUUUCUCCGGAGUACUGCCUUCUUCCAUUGGUAAGCUGAAAUCUUUAGAUUUACUAGAGGUGUCUGGGUUACAGCUAUUAGGAUCCAUCCCAUCAUGGAUCUCAAAUCUGACUUCUCUCAAUGUUCUCAAGUUCUUCCAUUGUGGCUUGUCUGGACCCGUACCAUCUUCCAUAGUGUACUUAACAAAAUUGACAGAUUUGGCACUGUACAAUUGUCACUUUUCAGGAGAGAUAGCUACACUGGUCUCAAAUUUAACUCAAUUAGAAACCCUCCUGCUCCAUUCAAACAAUUUUGUCGGCACCGUGGAGCUAGCUUCAUUCUCGAAACUGCAAAAUAUGUCCGUCCUUAAUCUCUCAAACAAUAAAUUAGUUGUGAUCGAUGGAGAAAAUAGUUCUUCGGCAGCAUCCUACUCCAGUAUUAGUUUCUUACGUCUAUCAUCUUGCAGCAUAUCUAGCUUCCCUACCAUCUUGAGGCAUCUACCUGAGAUUACUAGUCUUGACCUUUCAUAUAACCAGAUCAGAGGUGCAAUACCUCAAUGGGUAUGGAAGACCUCAGGCUAUUUUUCCUUGUUGAACCUAUCACAUAAUAAGUUUACGAGUACUGGAUCUGACCCUUUACUUCCACUUAACAUUGAAUUCUUCGACCUCAGUUUCAACAAAAUUGAAGGGGUAAUACCUAUACCCCAAAAAGGAAGUAUCACGCUUGAUUACUCCAAUAACCAGUUCUCAUCUAUGCCUCUCAAUUUCUCUACUUACCUGAAAAAAACUAUUAUUUUCAAAGCCUCCAAAAAUAACCUUUCUGGAAACAUUCCACCAUUGAUCUGUGACGGGAUUAAGAGUUUACAACUCAUUGAUCUCUCUAACAACUAUUUGACUGGCAUAAUACCAUCAUGUCUGAUGGAGGAUGCAAGUGCACUACAGGUACUAAGUCUAAAAGAAAAUAAUCUUACCGGCGAAUUACCUGAUAAUAUCAAGGAAGGCUGUGCAUUAAGUGCAUUAGAUUUCAGCGGCAAUUUGAUUCAAGGAAAGUUGCCGAGAUCUUUGGUUGCUUGCAGGAAUCUGGAGAUCCUUGACAUUGGAAACAAUCAAAUAAGUGACUCUUUCCCAUGUUGGAUGAGUAAACUUCCUCAACUUCAAGUCCUGGUCCUCAAAUCUAACAGGUUCAUUGGGCAGAUGGAUAUUUCUUAUACUGGAGAUGCUAACAACUGUCAAUUUACAAAGUUGCGGAUUGCAGACAUAGCCUCAAACAACUUCAGUGGCAUGUUGCCAGAAGAGUGGUUUAAGAUGCUGAAGUCCAUGAUGACCAGUUCUGAUAACGGAACUUCGGUCAUGGAAAGUCGGUAUUACCAUGGACAAACCUACCAGUUUACUGCUGCACUCACAUACAAAGGCAAUGACAUAACAAUUUCCAAGAUCUUAACAUCACUCGUGCUGAUUGAUGUCUCAAAUAAUGAUUUCCACGGUAGCAUCCCGUCAAGCAUUGGGGAACUUGCGUUGCUUCACGGGCUCAACAUGUCUCGUAAUAUGCUUACAGGGCCAAUUCCAACUCAGUUUGGCAACUUGAACAACCUUGAGUCUUUGGACCUCUCCUCAAAUAAGCUUUCCAAUGAGAUCCCAGAGAAGCUAGCAUCACUGAACUUUCUUGCAACAUUGAAUCUGUCCUAUAAUAUGUUGGCUGGAAGAAUACCACAAUCGUCACACUUCUCGACAUUUUCCAAUGCCUCUUUUGAGGGAAAUAUUGGGCUGUGCGGAGCCCCAUUGUCUAAACAAUGUAGCUAUCGAUCUGAACCAAACAUCAUGCCACAUGCUUCCAAGAAGGACCCGAUAGAUGUUCUACUUUUUCUCUUCACUGGGUUGGGAUUUGGUGUCUGCUUUGGAAUUACAAUUCUAGUGAUAUGGGGAAGCAACAAAAGGAAUCAGCAAGCUUGAGAGCGAACCAUAUUAUAGAAUGGCAGAAUAUUUUGUUAGUCACUCUUGAUCACUCUAGCAACAUUCAGAAAGAUCAGUAUUAAUAGUGAUGUAUGAAUUAAAUAAAGGAUGAGUAUGUUACCGCGGAAGAAUAGCACUGUGGACAACGUAAUUUAAGUAACAAAGCAGACAAUAUUAUAUCCAUGAAAAGAUAUGUUUACGUUUGAGAGCUAUCUA